UGGGCCCUUCAUUUAAUCUCUCAGCAUUUUUCCAUCACUUAUUUUUUAUUUCCUUCUAAUUUUGAAAUAUCGGGGUUUGGUAAAUUUAUAAAGAGGAGAGAAGAUUUCCUUCAAUUUUCCUUUGAGGUUCAUAAAAUUCAUAGUUGAUUCGAUUCCCAUGAAUCCAGUUCCCUCUGAAGUAGAAUUAGAAUCAGCUUUGCGCUUGAAGACCGUACAGUACUUUGUGACGCAGAGGCCUUGGCUUGAUCUUUAUGGAAAACAUGUUAGACCAGUUGCCCCUUUUGGAAGCGCCAGCAGAAGAUCAUAUGUUGAUCCUGCACUUAUCCAUCGUAGCUUGCCCGAUGAGCUGCUUUUCGAAGUCUUUGUACGAAUGGCUCCAUAUGAUUUAGGAAGGGCAUCAUGUGUUUGUCGAAAAUGGAGGUACACAAUCCGUAACCCUGUGUUUUGGCGUACAGCCUGCUUAAAGGCUUGGCAGCUUUCUGGCCUGGUGGAGAAUUAUAAGAUCUUGCAAUCAAAAUAUGAAGGUUCAUGGAGGAAAAUGUGGCUUUUAAGACCUCGGGUACGAACUGAUGGUCUCUACGUAAGUCGGAAUACUUAUAUUCGUGCUGGAGUUGCAGAGUGGAAGAUCACAAAUCCAGUUCACAUUGUCUGCUACUUUCGUUACUUGAGAUUUUUUCCUUCUGGCAGAUUUCUAUACAAGAAUUCCUCUCAAAAAAUAAAGGAUGCAGCAAAGUUCAUGAAUUUUCGUGCAUCCAAAGCAGACUGUGUUUUUGGUGGCCAUUACACUUUGUCCGAUAACAAGGUUGAAGCUGCCGUCUUGUACCCUGGCAUGCGUCCUACUGUGUUGAGAAUUCGUUUAAGAUUACGAGGAACAACAGCAGGGGCUAACAAUCGAAUGGAUUUACUUUCCCUUGUUACUAGUGGUGUGGAUGAUAAUGAAGCCAGUGGUCCUGAAGAGGACAUCCUUGGAGUUGUCGAAGGCUGGCAGGACGAUGAAACUCACAACCCAGAUGUGCCUGCUGUGUCCCACAAAAGGGGUCUAACACCAUUUGUCUUUGUCCCAUUUGAAGAGGUGGAAACAUCCGAUUUAAAUCUGCCUGUGGAAAAGAUGGAUUACUAUGUCCCGGGCUGAGACUUCCAGCUUCAGCAAUCAAGAAUAUCGCAUUUGUAAAUAUAGAUGUAUCAGUUGGAAUUAAUAGUAUUUCUUUAUUACAUAAAAUACACCUCUGUUCAUGGGAUUAUAAGUUGCUCUUAAUCUUUUCCAUGAAUCACAAACUCAUAAUGGGUGUGCUUUUUUGGCAUUUUAUCCAUGAUAUGCCAUGUAAUAUAUUACCAAUGUAAUUUGUAGUGGCUGCAAAUAAUUUGGCACCUUACCAACUCCA